AUGGGGUAUAUCACGUCGCCCAUCAGAGGCGGUGAAUUGGUAGCAGGUACAGCGGCUCAGGAGGCGUGUUGUGGCGCAGGAAUCAUGUUGUGGCGCCAGAGGCAUAUUGCCUGGGCUAGUUAUCAGUCGGCUAAUUGUACAUGGUGCCAGACCAAGAAUGAAGAACUUGUAUUCCAGAACGGGCAGACAUGCAGCCUUACUCUACCCCUAGCCAAGGCUGGCACCACAAUCCAACCCAUCUGCCCAACCUCCGGUCUCAUCACGAAUUGGACCUGUUCGUCAGAUGGACAAUGGCAGCAUAUGAGCAGUGAGGGCGCUGAGUCGCUUCAGAAUGCUGCCAUCAACAUCUCGGGCGGCCUCAUGAGCGUACAAGAGACGUGCGGGGACGACCUCAGGUUCUGCGAUGAAUAUGAUAACAAUCUUCGUUCAUGUCUUGAGGAAGUGAACUCAUGCACUGGCGGCGUCUCUGUGUGCCCUCUAAACUUCAAGUCUUGCCCAGGAGCGGUGAACGCCUGUCACAGGGUGGCAGAAAACUGCUGGAAGGAAGCUGAUCGAAGAAAGGCACAUCUCGUCAAUUCAACCGAAGGGAGUGAGACGCUAAGUACUGGUAGCGUUGAGUCAGUAAACCAGACGAUGGUGGAAGAGCAAGUGAGCGAGAACCACAAAACGCUAAAGAAAAAGUUGUUGAAUAUUUUCCAGAGCCUCUUCAGUGGAAGAACAGGUCAGUAAAUAUAUCAACCAUU